AUGUUGAACAACCUGAACAUCCUGAACAAUCUGAACAACAUGAACAUCCUGAACAAUCUGUACAAUCUGAACAACAUGAACAAAAUGAAGAGUGUGCUUCUGUUGAUGAUAGUGAUUCAUAAUGAGACUUGUUUCGGCGUGGUUCGUCGCGAAUUGUCACAUUCUCGUGAAGACAUUCUGUCUUUCCUUCUCCAGUGUGCUGAGCAGCUGCCUCACAAGAUGCCGUUGUAUGGAACGCUGGUUGGCUUGUUAAAUCUGGAAGACGAAGAUUUUGUGAGGAGAGUUGUAGAGAACACACACGACAGUUUGCAGAUUGCAUUAGAUACUGGAAAUUGUAACAGUGUUCGCAUACUUAUGCGCUUUCUGACCGUCUUGAUGUGCAGCAAAGUUCUCAUACCAAGCGCCUUAAUGGUUUUGUUUGAAACAUUGUUAUCGUCAGCAGCAACAACAGUGGAUGACGAUAAAGGAAAUCCCUCGUGGCAAGCUUGUGCAGACUUUUAUAUCUCUUGUAUUUUAUCAUGUCUUCCUUGGGGUGGAGCAGAACUUGUUGAGCAAGUUCCAGAUGAGAUCGACAGGGUCAUGGUGGGAAUACAAGCCUACAUGAGCAUAAGAAGGCAUGUCUCUGAUGCUGGCUGCUCUGUAUUUGAGGGUAUUGAUGGUAAAAAUCAGGGUGUUGUUGAACAGGAUUUCUUGGAGGAUCUAUGGAGCCGUGUUCAAGAUCUUUCCAACAAGGGCUGGAAGCUGGAUAGUGUUCCUAGACCACACCUUCCAUUUGAACCACAACUUGUUGGUGGGAAGUCUCACGAUUUUGGCCCCUUAACCUGCCCCGAGCUUCCUGAUCCUCCUGCUUCGGCGACUGGAAUUGCCUAUGAGAAACAAAAACAUGAAGCUGAGCUAAAAUAUCCUCAACGAAUAAGGAGGCUCAAUAUUUUCCCUUCUAGUAAGACCGAGAACUUGCAACCUAUUGAUCGGUUCGUUGUGGAGGAGUAUUUGUUGGAUGUUCUCUUUUUCUUAAAUGGAUGUCGAAAGGAAUGUGCUUCAUCCAUGGUUGGCCUGCCUGUUCCUUUCCGAUAUGAGUACCUAAUGGCUGAGACGAUAUUUUCUCAGAUCCUCUUAUUGCCCCAACCACCAUUCAAGCCAAUCUAUUAUACAUUGGUCAUUAUGGACCUUUGCAAGGCUCUUCCAGGUGCCUUUCCUGCAGUUGUAGCAGGAGCUGUUCGUUCUCUUUUUGAUAAAAUUUCAGACCUAGACAUGGAGUGCCGUACACGUCUUAUCCUUUGGUUUUCACACCAUUUAUCAAAUUUUCAAUUUAUUUGGCCAUGGGAUGAAUGGGCUUAUGUUUUGGACCUUCCAAAAUGGGCGCCUCAACGUGUGUUUGUUCAGGAGGUUCUGGAAAGGGAAGUACGCUUAUCAUAUUGGGACAAAAUCAAGCAGAGCAUUGAAAGUGCCCCUGCUUUGGAAGAGUUGCUUCCUCCAAAAGGCUCAAUAAACUUCAGAUACAGUUCUGCAGAAGGAGAUCAAACCGAGCACGGACUCUCCUCGGAACUCACUGCCAUGGUCAAAGAACGGUCGACUGCCCGUGCAAUCAUUUCAUGGAUUGAAGAUCAGGUGCUUCCGGCUCACGGGUGGGAUAUCACACUCAGAGUAGUAGCUCAGACCCUCCUAAACAUUGGUUCAAAAAGUUUCACUCAUUUGAUUACCGUGCUGGAGAGGUAUGGCCAGGUCAUUGCAAAAAUCUGUCCUGAUCAGGACAAGCAAGUUAUACUGAUUUGUGAAAUGAGUGAGCUUUGGAAGAACAAUGCACAAAUGACGGCUAUAGCAAUCGACCGGAUGAUGGGGUAUCGCCUUUUAUCGAACGUAGCCAUUGUGAGAUGGGUUUUCUUAGAAUCGAAUGUUAACCAGUUUCAUAUAUCUGAUCGUUCGUGGGAGAUUCUGAGAAAUGCUAUUACAAAAACAUUCAAUCGCAUUACUGAUCUGAGGAAAGAGAUAUCAUCCCUCGAGAAGAGUGUUGCAUCAGCUAAAGAAGUCGCAUUGAAAGCUUUUGCUGAGUUGGAGGAUGCUAAGGCAAACCUUACUCUGACUCUCGUGGAUGGUGAACCUGUUCUUGCCGAAAAUCCUGCGAAAAUGAAGCGUUUGAAAUCAAAUGCUGAAAAAACAAAAGAGGAAGAGGUUUCUACACAAGAGUCGUUAGAAGCAAAGGAGGCUCUAUUUGCACGAGCAGUCGAGGAAAUUGAGGCAGUAUUUAUUUUCUUGUACAAAAGUUUCUCGAAUUUGUUGGCGGAACCCCUUCGAGAGACAGAGGGAUCCUUGCACCAAUCUGGUGAGCGGGACGAGAUGGCCAUUGAGCAUGAAGGUGCAUCAGAAAUGGAGCUGGACAAUGAGGGUGAAACUUCACAUAAAAGUCAUACCAAUGGGAGAGGGACUGCAAAUGGUUUUAGUGUUGGUGAAAAGGAACAGUGGUGUUUAUCAACCCUGGGUUAUGUCAAGGCCUUCACACGUCAAUACGCUUCUGAGAUUUGGCCUCUUGUUGAGAAAUUAGAAGCUGAGGUACUAACUGAGGAUGUUCAUCCCCUAUUCCGGAAAGCUGUAUAUUCUGGUCUGCGCCGGCUCAGUGACCUCUAA